AUCAAAGUCUGUUAUGAAUCGCUCAAAAGGACAGUCAGAACCUCUUGUACUGAAAUCCAAAGUGGCGCACCAUGGAUCGUCCCAAUGUAGAGAUGCUGGCUGCCUCUCUCGUCCGAGAAUAUCUCGCAAGAAAGAAGCUGGUCGGGGUCCUGCGCCGGCUGGACGAGGAGCAGCCCCGCGAGUGCGUGCGGAGCCGCCUCGAGCUCCUCAAGGCUCUGCACAUCAGCAAGCUCGUCAAGCGGAACAAGCACUCGGCCUCCCCCUUGGACUCGAUGCUCGAGGUCAUCGUGCACUUCCUGCUGUGCCACGCCAGGCCCUCCCGCGCCGCCACCGCCCACGGCCCGCGUCGGGAGGACUUCGGGCCCGAGGGCGGCGCGGCGCCCCCAGAAAAGCUGCUGGGAGUGGGCGGGGAGUCGCCAGCGUUACUCCGACCCGUAGGUGACUCGGGGCAAGGGGGCGUCCCUGCCGUGGGCGAGAGAUCUUGCCCUCGCGUCGUCGGGUCACUCAGGGGCAGCCACGACCCGGGACGAGGGCCGCCUCAGAGGGACUCGGGAGAAGAGGAGGUCAAAGAGCCUGAAGCCGGCGGAAGGAGGGAACCGGCCGGUGCAGACUCCGAAGCCAAUGAGGCCCUGACGCAAAGCAGCUCAUUAGGAGGUGGCAGAAUUCUGGAAGACUUGGAACAAAGCGCGAGUGUGAGUGACGUGAGCGCCCGCAACGUAGACGCUCAUAGUCACAGAGACUCAGACGCCACUGAAUCUGACGCUUAUGAUUCAGACGAGUCGGAGUCUGCGUCGAGUUUCGCGUCCAUCGUCGAUUUGCUGAAGGAUGGCAGCGCAGAGCCGAAGGGCGCGGCCACGGGCGUCAGGAGCCGUUGCGCUGACCUCAAAGUGCCAAACGCAGCCCUCGUGGCCGCGACCUCUCCGAGUGCUGACGUUGAGGAUGACCUCGAAGUGAUAGACGCAGGAGUGGACGAAGGAGCGCGGGGGGCGGGGGAGCUCUCAGCGCCGGGGAGGAGGGAGCAGCGAGCGAGCACUUGGACGCGCCAGGGAGGGGAGCAGGAGGAGGAGGGCGUCUCGAAGGCUUCCCCGACGACAUCUAGCCCGCGAACGGACGUCUCCGCCAUCCAUCAGGAGGAGCUGUAUGCCGAGCCCACAUGA